GUUUGUAUCUUAAUUUGAUAACCUACUACUGUAUAAGUAACUGCCAUUUGCAAUUGGCCCUUUAUAUUAAUCCGACAUUAGCUAGGUUUUAAGCUUCAAAAUCUGCAAUACAUUAUAAGCAUCGUCUGUUGGUGGACUUUUGCCGCGCGAAGCGUAACGUGACGUUGAAUGACGUAAUAUAAUACAGAGAUUUUAUUGGAAGGCACAAGUGUUUGUAGGAUAUGCUCAUUAAAUAUAUCCUGAUUGUAUUGGUGUGUUUUGUAGCAAUUUGUGACACAAAGGAUGCUGUGACACAUUCACGGCGCAAACGACUGAUUGGAGGCGAUGAGAUCGACGAGGCUGAAUGGCCGUGGUUGGUUUCUCUGCAGGGCAAGAUUCCCACCACAAGGUUUUUUGGUCUUCCAGUUAUGUUCACGACGGUCUACUGUGGAGGCUCAGUUCUUAAUGAUAACUGGAUAAUGACAGCCGCCCAUUGUUUUGAUGGACAUAGGGGGCAAGCUAAAAUCCCUGGGAAUUGGGAAGUGAGACUCGCCAGUGUAAAGAUAAAGCCUUCAGCUGCUGACUGGCUCAUGCACGUGCUUGGCAAAAUAUUUGACAAAGAAGAAUGGCAGCAAUGGAACAUUGAUGUAGACAAGAUACUCAUUCAUCCACAAUAUGAAAGAACUAGUCAUUGGAAUAAUGACAUUGCAUUGGUGAAGCUGAAAAAGUCAGUCCCAUCUGGUGAGCAAUUUAACGAAAUUAAGAAGGUUAAGUUACCUCGACAAGGCGACAAUAGCUUCCCGAGAGAUGGCCAAGACUGCAUCAUGAAAGGAUGGGGAUGUACAGCCAAAGGAUCUAGUGUAUCUUCACGGGCUAAAGCUGUUGAACUUCCGAAAGUGAACGAUCAAACUUGUCACCGUAUAUACGGCACACCUAUGGUUAAUAGGGUAUGUGCCGGAUACAAUCUCGCUUCAAAGGGUAUCUGUUCGGGAGACAGUGGUGGUCCCCUAGUGUGUAAGCAGAAUGGACAAUGGGUUCAGGCCGGGAUAGCAUCAUUCACGAGCUCUGAUAGACCAGGGGGUUACCCUGGGGCCUUCACACGCGUUACCAGCUAUGUGAACUGGAUCAAAGAGACCAUGAGGAGAAACUAAAUAUUCGCAUGCAUUCUGGGUCAAGAGUGUGACUUACCAUGCAAAUGCUUUAUGAUAUGGAAUUUUUUUGAAAAUGUGUUAACAAACAAUUAGAUUUCAGUUUAUCAAUCCAACACGAUGUUUAAGAACCGCAAACGUACGCUUUGGAAGACUAAGGCGUUAAUCGCAGUACGCCAACACAAUUUUUCGAAUGUUACAAGUACCAAGCAAAUAAAAAUUAUUUCAAAAUAAUGAAAUCGAUACUGUUUAUUUGAAACAAAGGAUGGUUUUGCAUGGACCCAGUGAUGCUUGUAAUGUUUCCUUCCUAAAAAUGUGUUCCAAAAAAUCUAUAUAUUCUGAAAAUAUAUUGAUCUAAAUGUACAAUAAAUAUUAUUCGAAUUCAUUUAAAAUCAAA